GGUUUAUCACACCAGAUUGCAUCAUCUCGGCCCAACUACGUCCAACGACCAGUCGCUUUUCGACAAGAAGCAACAAAAGACAGCAGAUGGAGUCCAACAAGCUCGGCCGCGCGUUCAGGUAAAUAAGAUUACGUCGAGACUUACCUACUUUUAUUUGGGUCAUCUUUUGCGUUUGAAUAUGGAUGACCAUGUCGAUGGGAGCCUUCUGUGGUUUAUGUUCUACUUUUGUAUCUAUACAGCCUAUCAUCCACACAGUCACGACAGUAGAUUCCAAAGUUUUACAACUUCUGCACAGCAACCAAAUUACUGCAGGCGCGGCACUAAGACCAGUAGAAAAACGGGAUUUUUUCUCGAUUACGCCAUGA